AUGGACACAUACUUGGUGAACCGAUUCCGGCGGAAUCGUGGCAUUAUUCGGGUCUUAACAGAUCAGACACUAGGAAACUCGGCAGAGUUCCGACCCUUUGUAGUCGACGGCGUUGAUACAGCUUUUGAAAUGGGCCUUGAGGGUCUCUGCGGCUGCUCCAUUGUUGUCGUCGUGUCCAAACAGGCAAUCUGGUUUGCUCAUAUAUUCGAGGACAACUCUUUCAGCCCAAGAAAGGAAUAUGCGGAUGGCCUCAGUCCCCAGGAAAUGUUUGAGCUCACAGCUUUAAAUUUCUUAGACACUGGCAUAGACGCGAUAUUUGGCGUGCAAUUCCAGAGCUUGAAAGGCGUUAGGAACCUUUUCCCAGUUGGAGAUGGUGUCACUUCCGCUUUCAUUGUGACACCCCAGAAGGAAUUGGAUGACGCCGUCGAGGGUGGGACUGGCGCUGAUACUAACGUUUAUUACACCGAGGGUUUGAUGUAUGAUUGGGCUGUUGUGCAGCUGGUGGCCAAGAUUAAAUCUCUGAUACCAGAUAUUCCAGUCACUGUACGCCAAUACCAGGCCCUGAACUCGGAUGCUCCCGAUGCAGAUGAGGCGUUUAAUACAAGGAGAGGGAAACAUCUUUUUCAAUAUGACCCUCAGGCCAGACAAGGACAGAAAGGUGUACGGCUAUAUUUAGAGGGUGACCGCGCGUUGAACGAGUUUUGGGCUCCUGAAGAGAGAUCCCUUUCUGAACCAGAGAGCCAAUCUACAACACAGCUCUCAUGUGCAGGACAAUCCUACGACCGUAAUCAGUAUACCUGCUACAGCGAUCUACUGUGUCCUGUUCUGGAUGGCAUUCGAACGUUGCGUUGUGCAGCUCAAUGCUACCUCGAGUCCAUGUAUACAUGCUAUGAUGAGCAGAAGCUUUGUCCUGUUAUAAAUGGCGAUCCUACGCUCGCAUGUGGAAGUGACUGCUAUCUUCCAUCGGAGUAUAGCUGCGAUGCAUCAAAAUUGGUCCAAAUACCUCACGACAAUAAUCCCGACCAGUCAGCUAGCGGCACAGCCACCAAUUCAAAUGGUGAUAUCAGCUCGUCUCCUAGCAGCACGCGCACGGAUUCAAUCACUGGAGUAACGACCACCUCGAGUGGUGGUUCAAGCAGGGCCCCGGCGGGCCAAGCAGAAGUCGUUUUUGGCGGGACGACAUAUACAAUUGGCACAAAGACAACCACCAUUGUUCAAGAUGGACACACAGUCAUUCUUGGCCCCAAUGGUCUCAUAAUUGGAACGGAUACUAUCACUAUUCCGUUGCCGCAGACCGAACCGGUUGCUCUCACUACCGAUGGCAUCACUAUAACGUUCCUCCCAGGUGCCUCUUCUUCGUCCGCAGCUCAUACUGGCUCGUCGAGCUUGGGACCCUCAAGCAAUAUGGUGACAACAACUGGAAUAGCCCCAGGACCAACUCCCACCACGGUAUUGCCCAGCUCAACAGGAAAUCCAACCUUGAUCCCCCCAAUCCCAGCUGCUACCAGCACAGUAUUUACUCUCACGGCCUCGGACGGGUUGAGUACGGUUGAAAUUACUUACACGCCAACGACGCUCACUAAAUUUACUAAAUUUACCGGUACAACAACAAUAAAUACGGACAUUGAUGGUGUGCCUACGCCCAUCGUGGUUGGGCCUGGAGGCCUCAUCUGGCAACCUGUCAUUACCAGCGCAAGCAUAACUGGUUUCCCUUCAAUUCCAGUGCCUACUAUUCCACCGGCCCCUGAUAGUUCCGCUGCUACAAGGACUGUAUUGACUAUAACGGCCUCGGACGGGCUGAGUACAGUGGAGAUUACUUACACGCCUACGACGCUCACUCAAUAUACUACAGUUAGCGGCACAACAACAGUCACGACAGAGAUUGAUGGCGUGUCCGUAUCCGUUGUCGUUGGUCCAGGAGGCCUAAUUUGGGAGCCAGUCACCACCAGCACAAGCAUGACUGGCUUCCCUCCGAUCCCAGCGCCUACUGUUCCGCCUGCUCCUCAAAGCUCAAGUGUACUUCCACCCCAGACAAUCACUUCACCUUCAGGUAAUCCAUUCCCGUCGUCCCAGUUCCCUCUUCCACCAAUUGUUACUACAGUCGUCACCUCUGAUAGUCCGGAUGGUCCAGUAGCCACAACAAUAACAGGCACCACAGAUUCAAGUGGUGUUGUCGUGCCUAUAACAACGCUUUCGACGGCUGCCGCUGUCAGCUCUGCCAAGUUGUUGGUCUCGAAGCUCAGCAGUGUCUCUGAUGCUGUAGUCGCAUUUUCCUCUAGCCCCGCGGAUUCUUCAAAGGCCAGCUCCGCUACCGCCGUGGUCAAGGAUGCCCAGUCAGGCACAAGUGGCUUUGGCCAUGGCUUAGGUUUCUCCCUUCCUGGCCUUUGCUUGAUAUUCUGUCAUGAUGUCAGCAGUGCUGGGUCUAUUCUUGAUGCAAUUGGAAACACCCUGUCGGGCAUUCUGGAUGGUACAGCAAGUCUUGGCUCAUUAACCGGACUCCUGAGUGAUAUGUCUACCGUUGCAAGUGAGUUAGCAGAUGACGCCAAAGGGGCAGAAGCAAGUGACAGCUCCAGCUCUACCUCCAAUCCCCAGCCUAGCAUCACGUACUACAUCGGAAAAUGUUCCGACGACGUCCUGUUUUUCGACAACUUGUAG